GUAGCUGUGAUUUUCGCGUAAAGAGCGUAUUCCUUAUUUUUAUCUAAAUUUUGCUAUAUAUCCUCGUAUAUUUCUGCAAAUGCCAAUUGAAAAUACAUUUAUUGUUCUGUUGUUGCACGUUCCUGUCGCGAGUAACUAGUAGUCAGGUUUCGUAAAUGAAAACACAAGUGAAUGUAAGUAUGAAAGAUAUAAAUGUACUUAAAUCGAUGGAGAUGGCUCACUGGCCGUCCCGUGCCAAGGUCCGCUAUGCCAAGACAAGUUGCGCGCGCACGCGGCCGUCAGCUGGAAGCCCAUUUGAGAGAUUUGAAUUGUGGUAAUGUCAAGUUAUUUUAUUUCAAUGACAUGAUUCGAAAUUUUUCGGUAUCAGUGAGAUUUACGCUCGAACGGCGAAUCUCACGAUGAAAUCCAAGCAGUUACUCCAAUUGACAUUGGCUGUACUUAAGCCACACGUGGUUAAGUCACCGUUUGCCGUUCAAAAAAUUCGUGAUAUAAUAAUUGACAAUAAUUUCAAAGUUGUCAGAUCACUGAGGAAGGUUAUUGUUCCAAGUGAGGCAGAAUUAUUCUAUUCGGAUCACAAGGGAAAAUUUUUUUAUAAUCGACUCUUAACGUUCAUGUGCAGUGGGCCAUCGGAUAUUCAUAUCUUAGCAGGUCAUAACGCUAUCGUUCGAUGGAGAAUGUUAAUGGGACCAACAAAAGUCUAUCAAGCCCAAUAUAAUGCGCCAGAAACCAUUCGAGGCAUAUUUGGUUUAUCAGAUACUAGAAACGCUACACAUGGUUCAGAUUCUCCUGACUCAGCAGAGAAGGAAAUAAAAAUAUUUUUUAAAGACUUUGAUACAAGACAAUGGAUAGAAAAUGAAGAAAUUUUUUUCAAUUUAGGAAGACUUAAAUUUGACCCUUCGUCGUUUGUACAUACUAUUGACAAAAGUUAUGUUACCGAUGAUGACAGACAGAGUACAAAAUAGUUUGUAACAUAAAAAUUCUAUAUUUCAGUCACUGUAUGUAUAGCUACUACUUGUAAUAUUUAAAUCAAACUAGUUUGUGUAUCAUAUAUAGAUUUUAACAUAAAUCGUAAUAAAAUUAUGAUGACUUUUGUUUAGAAAAA